AUGCCUCAUCCAACUGCUACGAGAAUGGCUGGUAAUUCCUUGGUAGCCCGAUUGGUUCCUAGAGGCUCUUCCGAAUCAUCAUUUCUAUCAGGAACCACAUUUGCCUCGUCUAAAUCUGCAGAUUGCCAUGAGGUACUCGGGCAGUUGGCUGGUUUUACGGGUUUGUUUUUGGACGGUUUCGGCGCAGUGCUGACUGUUGUCGCAGAUUUUGAUGGAGUUGAAUCUUGCGUGGUUCCCUGUGAUGAUCACAUGCGUUCGACGUUCGAUCUACCCACAGGUAUUGAACCAGCUGUGCAAAUGGCUCAAAAUAAGUUUAUCGAUGAUCUUGUGAAAGAAUAUCUUUUAUUUUCCGGAUGCCCCGGGGCUUCGAAAGUUUUUGAAGGAGAAAUACGUGGUGACCGAGAGAAAGGAUUCAGGGUCGAUCAAGUGAUGAACCAGAUCGUAUCUAGCAUUAGUUCGUAUGAUUUGGCAGCAUUGCGAGCUAUUUGGGGCCAAUUGGAAAGCAAGUUAUUCUCGAGACUCGAGCAACCUUACGGCUCGGUGGUGAAAAAGUUCGAAGCGUCGCUGCUCAAACGCUUUCUUGUAAAUGCUGUUCAAAACAACAAGCGCGAUAAAGUUCAGGAGUUUUUCGAGAAAACUGCGUCGGAGAUUCAGAAUCAGUCUGAAUGGCGGGAUUGGUUUGGUGAGCAUUUCGCUCUUCAAGUUUGUGAAAAGUUUGUUACUAACUUGAAUCCGUUGCCGUUUUUGAAGAAUCCGGAGGAAAACCCGAGUUUCUCACUGUAUUUUUCUAAACAAUGGCAGGAUACAAUGAUGCUGUCUUUGUUGAACUUCUUGUCUCUUGCCUUUCAGUUGUGUCCAUCUCCACGUCUGUGCAACUUGGAUGACGAGGCCGCCAAGUGCACUGCAUUGCAGUUGGAGAACGACAGUUUGCGGAGACGUUUGAACAUCGCGUUGCAGCGCCAGAACGAACCCAUCAAAAUUGUUAAAGAUCUUCCCACACCGAAAGCCCCUGCGCGAGCGGAAUUAAUGGAUGAUUUUUCUGCUCUAGCGAGGGGUAACUCGCCAAUGGAAAGUCAGUUCAGCAUCUUGAAAAAUUUCAUCCGGAACUUCAGUGUACCGAAUACUGGUCAGUCCAAUGUAGCAACACCUGCUGUGCCUCCUCAUCAUCUAGCGAAGCGUGCAGCUCCGCCACCUCCUACGGAAGAAGGUACACGUCUGCUCGGACUACCUCAAUUGACCCUGCGCCUUCCAGAUCACCGUCUUCCUACCAUGAAGAUCGAAUUCCGAAAGCACGGGUUCCCGCUGAGCCAAGCAGCAGGUAACGGACGUUUGCGUCGGCAGCAUCCGGUGGUGAAACGUGUCAGCCAAUCCUCUUCGUCCAAUAUGAUCUCAUCGAGGUCAAAAACUCAGCAACAAGCGUCAGCGUCGGCGAGUCCUUUGACACCCUCGGCACCUCCACUUCCCGAACGUGACGAAUCUCUCGGAGCAUUGAAGUUACCCAGUCAGAAGAAGAAUCCAUUCCUCCUACUAAGCCAGGACGAGUACAAGGAACACAAGGGCAUGGUGUUGCAUUGUAAGUUCAAUGCGUCGGGUUCACUUGUUGCCUCGUCGGAUUCGGAAGGAGCGUUGAAAAUCUGGUCAUGCACUCCGCUUUUAACGACUUAUUCCCUGAUGAGCAAAGAUGCUCUCACUGACUUCGAAUGGGUACCGAAGCGUGAGCAUCUUCUGCUCCUUGGAGCUACUUCGCGAGGAAGCGCAUUGCGACUAUUCGAUCAUAAAGAAAAGAAGAAUCUAUUUGAUUUGAACAACUACGACAUUCGUAGCGGUGCUUUUUUCCAAGACAAGCAAGUUGUCGAGAUCGCGUGUAAUCCGAAUGGAACGCAAGCAGCUGUUUGCGUCGGACCUCUCCCGACAGCAGCAUCGCCUUCGCUUGGAGGAACUCUAUUGCUUUGGGAUCUGAAAACCAUGGAAAUACAGAAAGAGCUGAGCGUGGAGCCGACGUCGGUGGUUGUGAAUUGCUGUGCUUUCAACCACAAUGGCCAACUUUUAAUGGCUGGCUGUGCAGAUGGGAAAAUCAGAGUUUAUGACCUUCGAAGAUAUCAAUGCAUUGCUUCCUGGGCAUCAAGUUUUCCUGGCGAAAUUUCUUCCUUGAUACACUCGGUUGACGAAACGUGUUGUUAUUCCAUGAGCACGGAUGGAAAGGUUUGCAAACACAAUUAUUCAGCAGGAGCUUCUUCCGGACAGAUGGAAUGUUGGAGCCUCACGCAAACCGGAAGGAAGCUUUGGGAAUUCCCCCCACUCGAAGAAAAAUUGGGACCCUUUCACGAAAUCGAGAAAUCAAGGAGCGGUUACUUUAAAUUUCGGAAUCGGACGAAUGCUGUCAGCAUGGACGGGGAUGGCCAUCAUCUACUGGUUGGAUCAUCCAUUGGGGGCAACAUAUUCAAGAUCAAAGAUGAUGGACUGGAAAAGAUCAUGGAUCUUCGGGGACACAAAGCACCUGUUGUGGCUGUUGACUGGGCGGUAGCCAUGAACUGUGGAACAUGUGCCACUGGAUCAUUAGAUGGACGGGUCAAAAUAUCUACUUUGUUGAGUCCAUAAUUUGUAACGGGAAUUAUUUUAUUGCGCAUUUGCCAUUUGAUAAUAUGUACUUGAGUCAAACGCUUCAGUGGAAGUCAAAAUAGUGAAUGUUACCCUUUGAGCAGGGUUUGGUGUAUUCCGUUUACAUGCUGUGUCAAGCCUUUGUUUCUACCCCGUGAACAUUUUGUUGUUUAUUUUUGGUAGCGUGGCUUGUGAGGUCAGUUCAGGAAUAUGUUGCUGGACAAAUAAGCGUCCUUGACAGGGAAAAAUGGAUGGUUUAUUAUCUGAA